AUGUCAUUCUCUAUUGGCGACGCUCAGCCCAAGAAAGUCGCCUUGGAUCUGCAGCGGAACGAUGAUCUUUUCUUGUACCCAGUUAUUGUACGCCAACUUGAAUCAGACGGAACUGUACAGUCGGUUGAUACUAUACCGGCGGGCAGCCACCUAGCGUUUCGCGGGACGACACUCUUGCAACAAGAAGGGGGUAGACAAUCGGAGACAUUGUCGCCUUCAGGAUGGGCAAGGAUGUCGUUCUUUGUCAGGGACGGGCAGCAAUUGGGAGAGGGCGCAUUCAGCAUUGACGGCGUCGAAUAUCAUGUUGUGGCAGACUCAACCUACCGAAAAACACGGUCUGACGGGGAACCGGACAUGUCGAUUGAAGGCGGAGGUCCGUACUUGGUGGCAUGGAGAGAAUCUGCACAAAAGGCACAUGAUGGCCAUGAACUGAGGAAGCGACAGCAAGAGAACUCAACAUGCUCCGUUUCCGAACUCGACUUCAAUCAGAUUCACCUGGACCCGGCCACUGGCGACAAAGACUUGGCGAGACGCCAAAGCGGCGGCUUGAAUGGUCUGGAUCUCGGUGGACUGCUUCGAUCACCGCCCAAUUGUCCCACCUCGCGGCAGAUUGCACUUCUUGGAAUUGCCACGGAUUGCUCCUACACAGCCCAGUUCAACUCUUCCGACGAACUUCGCGAACACGUGCUUUCGAUUGUGAAUACUGCGUCUGGGGUGUACGAACGGAGCUUCAACGUCUCGUUGAGGGUGCAAAACCUGACCAUCAGCGACCGAAACUGCCCGAGCGGCAGUGGUUCAAGUUCAACGCCGUGGAACUUGGGCUGCAGCAGUCAAGUUGACAUCUCGGGUCGACUCCAGCGCCUCACCGACUGGAGACGUGGCGUCGGGGUGGAUGGCAAUGCUGUCUGGUCGCUGUUUAGCGCAUGCCAGUCGGGCCAAACAGUCGGCAUCGCGUGGAUUGGAACCGUGUGCAACGGAGCGAGUGGCCGCUCAGGGGGAGCACCAGGAGCCAAUGUCGUUAUUAGGACCCGAUCCGAAUGGCAAGUCCUGGCACACGAACUCGGUCACAACUUUGGAGCGGUCCAUGACUGCACCGCAGACUGCAACUCUGGUUCUUCUGAGCGAUGCUGCCCGCUCAGCGAGAGUGCUUGCAACGCCAAUGGGAGAUUCAUAAUGAACCCGGCGGCGACAAGCAGCAUGACAGACUUCUCGCCAUGUACAAUAGCAACCAUCUGCACGGCCAUGGAGCGCAACCUCAUCCGCACAUCCUGCCUAUCGGGCAACGAGAACGUGACGACGAUUUCGAGCGGCGUGUGUGGCAACGGCAUCGUUGAACCCGGCGAGGAGUGUGACUGCGGAGGAGAAGAGGGCUGCGGUGCAAACAGUCAAUGUUGCCAUCCGACAACCUGCCGGCUCGUCGACGGCGCCGUGUGCGACCCGUCCAACGACGAGUGCUGUACAUCUCAGUGCCAGGUAUCAAGCAGCGGCAAUGUUUGCAGAACGAGCAUCGGCCCCUGCGACCCGGAGGAGGUGUGCAACGGGUCAUCAGCCUCGUGCCCAACGGAUGUGCGACUCCCGGAUGGACAGUCGUGUGGCGAUGGGAACAACGGCACCACAUGCGCCUCGGGACAAUGCACGUCGCGCGGCAUGCAGUGCAGCCUGGUGUUAUUCAACUCGACGAGUCAGUGGGGGAGCGUUUCGGCAUGCGAUGGCAACAGCUGCCAGAUGAAUUGCGCUCUCACAGCCUCGGAUUCGUGUCAGGCCACCGGUGCCGACUUCUUGGACGGGACGCCAUGCGGCGGCUCUGGCGGAGCAUCUCUCUGCUACAGCGGCGAGUGUCGCGCGCCGAGGAGCCGUGGCGGAGGCAAUGGCGGCGGUAGCAACAGUGUAUCGUCGUGGAUCGAUGACAACAGGGCCCUUUUCAUCGUGAUUGUGGUGAUUGGGUCUCUUCUCGUGGUGCUGGCGGCGUGGUGUUGUUUUGGCUGUGUGCGUCGAAAAGUGGCUCGGGAGUCGCAAAAGGCAAAAGAGCCAGGCGUGGAUGGCACAUGCAGCUCUGCGCCAGGCGCCAGGCGACACCCCAGGUGCCGCUCCAGGCCUCCGUCACGUCUCUCCCGCACACCAACCCUCACGCACCGAUGUGCUUAG